AUGCAAAUAUUUCCAAGCUCGAUUCUCCCAGCUUGGGCGGCAUUGCAGUCAAUAUCAGAAACAUUCACCCUGUUCUCUCUUCCACCAGAGACGCCUCGUUUCGACCCGACAGAAGCAACAAUCCAAUCAGUCCAUCGAGCUCUAUACGCAAAUAUAACCCAGAAAGACAAUAGACUGACAUGCCGUGAAGUGAUAACUGCGUUUCUGAACCAAAUAGAUGCCUACAACCCUCUGAUAAACGCUAUAAUAAGCCUUGAUGCAGGCUCGUUGUCUGUUGCCGAUGAAUUGGACGCGCAACUCAUACAUAUAUUGAAUGAAAAUACAUACAAUGAUACCCAUAAGAACUACAGCUCGAUCGAUGAUGUACCUUUGGCCUUCAACCCGUCGUCUCUUCCGUCUCUGUUCUGCAUUCCAGUUCUUUUGAAGGAUAACUUCGACACGGCCAACGUCUCUACCACGGCAGGCUGCGCGGCGUUAUACAACUCCACGCCUCCUCUACACGAUUCACCCGUCGUCAAGGCCCUGCGUGAGGCCGGCGCGGUCAUACUGGGCAAAACAAACAUGCAUGAAAUGGCUCUUGAAGGCCUCACUGUGUCUUCGCUGGGUGGCCAAACGCUUAAUCCGUACGACCGUUCGAGGACGCCUGGCGGUAGCUCCGGAGGGACUGGAGCGGCUAUAGCGGCGUCCUUUGCGGUAUUCGGUCUAGGAACCGAUACGGUGAAUUCGCUGCGUAGUCCGGCCAGUGCAAAUAGCUUGUUUAGUCUGAGGCCUACUCGCGGUUUGAUUUCGCGGGCUGGAGUGUUUCCUGUUUCGUAUACGCAGGAUACCGUUGGCCCGAUCGCAAGAGAUCUGGAUUAUACUGAGCUUUUACCUCGGGAUCAGGCGCUGCGGAGGAAUGAUAGCCUAAAGGGAGUUCGAUUCGGGCUGUUGGAAGGAUUUAUCAAUCGCACUGAUACCCUGGAGACGACGCCGGUCAACACGGCGAUAGAUGCGAUGGUCUCUAAGCUUGAGAAGGCGGGAGCAGUUGUGGUCCCCAUCCGUGACCGGAUCUAUAAUUCCACUACGAUUCUAAACUUGGAUGUUCAGGUAUAUGAAUACCGGGAAAUGGUAGACUCAUAUCUCCGGAGCCUUGGACAUGCUGCGUCUACGGGAGCACGCACACUCGCUGAUAUUUAUGCCCAAGUCGACGGUGAAGACCCUUCAUUCCUAGUGAUUCCACACCAGUAUAAUUUUAUACAAUCUGCACUCGUCUCCUCUCCACAGAAUAUCUCCUACGCUCAAAAGCAGCUCUCUAUCAACGCCCUGACGUUAGCAGUAAAGCAAACAUUCUCCUCUCACAACCUUGAUGCACUGAUAUACCCGCAGCAACAAAAUUUGCCAGUCAAGCUAGGCUCUCAAAACCAAUAUGGUAGAAAUGGAAUACUUGCAGCUCUGACAGGUUGCCCCGUUAUAACCGUACCGGCUGGAUUUUCGAGAAGGGAUGUGUUUCGGAAUAUACCGGUUGGUGUGCCGGUUGGUAUGGAAGUCAUGGGAUUGCCCUGGGAAGAAGAGAGAUUGCUAAGUAUAGCUGCAAGAAUUGAGGCUUUGGAGAAAAUUAGGCGGCCGCCGAAGCUGAAGAGGGAGAAGGGUAAAGGAAGUGGUUAUAACAGAGUGAUGAAUUCUGUCCCGAGAUUGGUCCCUAACAGGCUAAACAUUCAUGAUGCGUACCCCUUAGGGGUAUUUGAAUAA